AUGGAUAGCCAAACGAUAAAAUGGUUAGUUUUUAACGGAAAAGCUGAAAACUACCCAGCAUGGAGCACAAAGUUCACCGCGUAUAUGCAAACGAAAGGUUUAUACAAAGCGCUUCUCGGGAAAGAAGUCGCACCAGAAGAGAUAGCACCGCUAGCAGGGGAUGCUUCAGACGAGCAGAAGGCCGAAUGGGAGGCAAAAGUUCAACAAAGAAAUAAACAAAUCGAAGAAAUUAAAGAAAGAAAUAAUACGGUAUAGUGUCAUAUUGUUUUAGCCCUCGACAAUAAUAGUCUUUUAUAUAUAAGACAUGAUUGCCUGUCAUCAGAUGGUGUUGGGGACGGGGCAAAGGCGUGGCGUUUGCUACAACAGAGAUAUUCCAACGUGGAAAAGCCAACUGUACUACUGUAGUAAGUCUAGUUCGUCAAAUUUCUCGAUUACAGUUAAAUGAAAAUGAAAAAUUAUCCAAAUAUUUUAUAUGAGCGCAAGAAUUAAUGUCUCGAUUAACCGAAGCUGGUGAAAAGAUAUCCGAAACAUUAUUCAAUGCCUUAGUUAUAAACGGACUUCCAGAGAAAUAUGAGCACUUCAUCGUACAGGAAAGUUUUAAUCCUGCAGCAAAUUUCACCGAAUUACGAACACGUUUACAAAAUUAUGAUGAUAGUCGACUACAAAGAAAUCAAACAAAAGAAGAUAGUGCAACAGUUAUGUAUUCUGGAAAUACGUCAGGAAGAAACAAAGGUCCAAGCAAGCCGAAGGGAGAUUGUUUUGUAUGCGGAAACCCUGGACAUUUCGCCAAGCAAUGUAGUAAAAGAAGUUCAGCUUACUGCUCAAAGUGCAAGAAAAAGGGACAUUUACCAAAAGCAUGCAGAGGUUCAAGUAAACCUGAUAAAUCCACAAAAGAACCCAGCUCAUUUGCAUCAUAUUCUCAAUGUAUGAACAGUGGUACUGAAACAAGCAGUGGUACUGGCAAACCAAACCAUCUCAUUUUCGAUACUGGUUGUACUGAUCACAUCAUUAGCCAAAAGGAACUGUUUGAAAACUUACAACCUUGCAGCAUCAAAAAUGUUAAAGAUCCAAAGGGAAAUUUUACUCCUGUUGAAGGAAUUGGUGAUGUACCAGUAAAGAUGUACCACUUAAACAAGGAUGACGUCAAACGCACCAUUGGCUGUGAAGAUAAUUUGAAGGAAGUAUGCGAAACGUGUGCACUUGGAAAGCAAUCUAGUAAACCUGUACCGAAAGAAACGCAGAACAAGUCGCAGAAAGCUCGCGAACUCGUUUACUCAGAUAUACUCGGUCCAUUUGAAGUACCUAGCCUCAGUGGAUCCAGAUAUGCGAUUAUAUUUAACGACGAAUACUCGAAACAUUCCAUCGUAAAGUUUAUGAGCAAGAAAUCCCAAGCUUUUGAAAAAUUUAAAGAGUAUGUAGCUGAAUAUGGAAUACCUCAAAGACUGAGAACUGACAAUGGAGCUGAAUACACAUCGAAGCAAUUCAUGGAUUACUGCAGAGACUCAAAAAUAAAGCAAGAAUUUACUGUUCCAGAAACCCCACAACAGAACGGAGUUGCAGAACGCUUCAAUCGAACUGUAGUUGAAAUGGGACGGUCUGUGUUAAUCCAAGCCAAGUUACCAAAGUGCUACUGGGUAAGAGCCUUAUCUACCGGCAGCAGCUCACAUACGAAAUCUUACAGUAACUGCCAAUAG